AUGAAGAAAACUUUGUCUAAGAGUAACAGCACCCGAGUCCUUGGGCCCUCUGCUCAUUAAUUAUCUGACUUCUAGAAUUAGGGAUCUGUUAAGUUACUCAAACCCCAAGCUAAUAAAAAGAUUAUACAGGUUUCUUCUACAAAGCCAUAAAAUGAUGAAAAAAUUUAAGUGGGAAAUAAGCAGAUAAUAGUGCGCAAGAAAUCUAUAAUAGUUGCAGCAGUGAAUAAUAAUGUAGUACCAGCAUUAAAUAACCUUCAUAAGCCAGCCCAAAAGACUAUUAUGUUGAAUCUCGACUCAUAUACAAAGUAGCAACUAUUUAAUGCCUCAGUGUAGUAGAGUCUCAAUCAGGGAAGAGGAGACAGCAAACAUUCGUAUAAGUAGGGUCCUGAGCCAUCACUUAUCUAAAAUAGAAAGCAAUCCAAAAAAGGUAAUACUAGGAAUAGAGAAUUAGUUAGCAAGUUCAAGCAGAGCUAUCAAGCAGAUUCAUCCUAAACAUUCAAUACUCAGAGAUCUGGGAUGGAUAAUGAAGCCACCCGAGCAGACAUAUUCUCAAUGGGUGAUAGCUUUAGACAAAUUGUCUAAACUCCUAAAAAGAUUUCCUAAUUCACCAUAAAAAUAGAUGAUUUAACACAAUAGUCUGGAAAAACUGUGCCUAAUUCCUCAGAUACAAAUCAAGCUUCAACUUAGCACACUUAACAGAGUAGCUAAAAGACUACUAUACAAAGCAAUUAGAGAAUAAAAGCGCCUCAAUUCAGCUCAAGAUCGAAUUCAGUUGGAUCAAAGAUGGAAAUUAAAAAAUCAAAAAAGAAUAAAAAAGACAGUCUUGUUGUGUCAGACUUCGAAGAGCAUCUUAAAGAUGCUCAAAUUAAUCACAAUAAUACAAGGCCACUUAUGCAAAAUGAUUUGACUGAUGAAACUAGCUCAUUGCUCUUUUCAUCAUAUUCGCCUUCAAAGCCAUUUCCUCUAAACUUGAAGGUCAGUCCUUAAAGAUCUAAAUCUAGAUCCAUUGAUAAUCAAAAGCGGCAGUCAUUAUUUUCUUCUAGCAAGUAAUCUUUGAGACUUAAACCAGAAUUCAAGAUUAGUCCAAUGAAGAAAUCGCCACUAGAGGACACUUUCAAAGUAGUUAAAAACUACUCAUCCCUUAGAAGAAAAAAUUUCUAAAAUCUUUCUGAGAUAGAGGAGGAUACCCUAGAUGAUGGCAAAAUCAUAAGUAUCUCUAAUGGAAGGCCAAGUCUUAUGGAUGAAAAUGGCAGAGUUGUAAUGCAAUAAUAAAUUGGACCAGAAAUUUAGCUUCUUGAAGAAAAUAUGAUACAAAUAAAUUCACCUGAGUAAAAAGAGCAUCAAAAGCUAAUUUAAGAGUACAAAGGCCAUAAGAAACGUCGCUAUAUAAGAUAGAUAAAGAUUGAGAUUUAGAUGCUUAGUAAUAGUUAAAAUCAGCCUGUCAUUAGUGAAAGUUAAGAAGAAUUAGAGCAAGAAGAGGGCGAGGAAUUGCACACAUUUUAGAAACAAGAGUCUGAGGAGUAGUCAAUAGAACAGCAGACACCUUAAUUCCAAAAGUAUAUAUCAGUUGUUUAGCAUAUAAAUCUGAAAUAGCAAAGUGAGAAUGAGCAGACCUAGGGGGAGUAAGAAAUAGUAGAGGAUUUUAGCAUGAUUAUUAAAAAAAAUGACCCUCUGAGAAGGUCAAGUGCAAAGUCAUUUGAAAUGAAAAAUGAUAGAUUUGAUAUUAUAAGGAGAUCAUUUAGAAGAGACUCAGAUGAAGAGGAUUAUUUACUGGCAUUGUAACUUGAGUGUUAAAAAUCUAGAAUUCUUAGGAAAAAGCUAUAAGCACUAGUAAUGAAGAGUUACUUCAAAUCCUAGAUUAAGAGGAAUAUCAAGUUUUAUAGGAAAAUGUUUCCUUAGCCUACAAUGAAAAGAAUGAAGCGACUGUAUAGAGUAUUGAAAUCUAACUUAAAGGCUUAUCACCUUGGCUGGAAGCAGAGGAAAAUCAUGCAAAAUAGAUUUGUUUAGGCAUCCAUGUAAAAGGUCAGGGAUAGCUAGUUACUCAUUAAAAAUAUAAAGUCAGGGAUAUGUUAAGGUGAUGCAGAAUUGUUGUAAGUGCAGAUGCCACUGUAGAAAAAGCUAUUCAAAGAUUUAUUGAAUACAUUUAUGGAAUACCCAGCUGAGUUUUGGCUUCCCCGUAGGAAUAAGAAAAUCCCUAAAAAGUUUAAGUGUUGUUGCAUCAGAGACAGAACACCAACCUAUGAAAAGCAGAUCACCAAUAUUAGACAAACCAUUUAGACUGUGGAGAUUAGUAAUCCAAUUGAUUCACUCAGACUGCGGAGAAACAGAGAGCAGAUUCACAAACAUUUCUCCUAGUACUAAGAGGGUGAAAACCAGCAAUCUAUGAUACUUAACAGAGAUCGGAAGAUUAUCAGAUUUGGUUCAUCAGACAGAUUACUGAACAGAGAUCGAGAAAUAUCUCCUAUAAUUAUCAGCAAUGUAAAUAUUAGAGUAUUAAUAUGA